UCCGCUCCUCCCCCCGCCCUCAGCCGCUGCUCUCCGCCCCUCAUCGCCGUGGACCCCGCCGUGCCCGGGACCCGGGGAGCCUUUCGGGCGCGCGUCGCUGCUGGUGGUGGGGCUCUAGCGAUAAUAAAUGAUAGAGGAUACAAUGACUUUGCUGUCUCUGCUGGGCCGCAUCAUGCGCUAUUUCUUGCUGAGACCCGAGACGCUGUUCCUGCUGUGCAUCAGCCUGGCGCUGUGGAGUUACUUCUUCCACACGGACGAGGUGAAGACCAUCGUCAAGUCGAGCAGGGACGCCGUGAAGAUGGUGAAGGGCAAGGUGGCCGAGAUCAUGCAGAACGAUAGGCUUGGGGGGCUCGACGUGCUGGAAGCCGAGUUUUCCAAGACCUGGGAGUUUAAGAGCCACAACGUGGCGGUGUAUUCGAUCCAGGGCCGGAGGGACCACAUGGAGGACCGCUUCGAAGUUCUCACAGACCUAGCGAACAAGACGCAUCCGUCUAUCUUCGGGAUCUUCGACGGGCAUGGGGGCGAGACUGCAGCUGAAUAUGUAAAAUCUCGACUCCCAGAGGCCCUUAAACAGCAUCUUCAGGACUAUGAGAAAGACAAGGAAAAUAGUGUAUUGUCUUACCAGACCAUCCUUGAACAGCAGAUUCUAUCAAUUGACCGAGAAAUGCUAGAAAAAUUGACUGUAUCCUAUGACGAAGCAGGUACAACGUGUCUGAUUGCUCUCCUCUCAGAUAAAGACCUCACUGUGGCCAAUGUGGGUGAUUCUCGUGGGGUCCUAUGUGACAAGGAUGGAAAUGCCAUUCCUUUGUCUCAUGACCACAAGCCUUACCAACUGAAGGAAAGAAAGAGAAUAAAGAGAGCUGGUGGUUUCAUCAGUUUUAAUGGAUCCUGGAGGGUCCAAGGAAUCCUGGCCAUGUCUCGGUCCCUGGGAGAUUAUCCACUGAAAAAUCUCAACGUGGUCAUCCCAGACCCAGAUAUCCUGACCUUUGAUCUGGACAAGCUCCAGCCUGAGUUCAUGAUUUUGGCAUCAGAUGGCCUUUGGGAUGCUUUCAGCAAUGAAGAAGCUGUUCGAUUUAUCAAGGAGCGCUUGGAUGAACCUCACUUUGGAGCCAAGAGCAUAGUUUUACAGUCAUUUUACAGAGGCUGCCCUGAUAAUAUAACAGUCAUGGUAGUGAAGUUUAGGAACAGCAACAAAACAGAAGAGCAGUGAACCCUCAGGGUCUCAUCUGCUUUCAACUAAAGGACUUUCAGCAUAUUUGGUCUCUUAACAUAGUGAGGAUGUGGGAGUUACAGUUAGGAUCAUCCAUCCCAGACAUAGGAUUCCCCCUCCCUAGUGGUUUUAGGCCUAUAUUCGGUGAUCAACAGAGAGUGCUCUUGGCCAUUAUAGUUGAGAUGCUAGAAAAUGGUUUCUUCAUGUUUUUCCAACUCUUUCAUUCAAUGUUCAAUAUAUAUAAGUACAUAACUGUAGAUUCACAUGUAUGAAGUGAAUGGCAUAUGUGCCAUAUAUUCUUUCUUUAAGAUUCUUUUCAAGAUCCCUAAGAGGGCCCUCCUGUCAUCAGAUUGUAUGUCCUGUCUUUGGAGCAGUGAGCGGGGCAGGUUUCCCAGGGGCUGCAGGAGAUAGACCUUAUGAGUCAGGGCCCAUGUGGCAAAGCCCUUUGCCAAGAGAAGAGCUGUCCUGAAAUUUUGUACUCCUGAACUCAGGUUUUCUGCUAAGUAGCAGCCCAGAAACAGAUUUGGAAUGGUUUCUUACUCAGUGGUGACUCUUGGAGACUGAGGGAAUCAGGGAACACAGCAGAAAUAAACUUUACCCUCAUACCUUUUGUUACCUGUACCACCUGACCAGUCCUGGUACAUUUAUCCUAAUUGUGCUUGACCUUAACUUUUGCUUACAUCUUAUCUUAUAUAAUUGGUAGUUGUUAAACUUUACCACCAGAUAACCAUGGUGCCAUGGUUUCUUGCUUUAAUAUUACUGAGAAAUCAAUUAGGGUAAAUGAAAAAGGCAAACUACAAUGCCAUAACUCCUUCCAUCUUUAAGGAUAGAUAGAGAAAAAUGAUGGCUGAAUAAGUCAUAGUGUCCUUAAGGAAGUCUGCCAGUUGCAUUGGGAGAGAAAGCUAGUGAGUUUUCCAGCUGUACUGAGCUCUAGCUGCCAGUUUAGUGCAGUUUUGUUUUGGGGUUUUUUCCCUCUCUUCUAUCCUAGUAGCUUUCAAGUACCUUUCAAGUAGUGUUGUAAGAAGCAGCAGUCUGAAAACUAACGUGUGUUCCUUGAAGCCUUGUACAGAGUUCUCAGUCAGAGUUUGGAAUUCGGUGAUAAACUGCUAGAAUGUGUGUGCCCAGCGGCCAUUAACAUGUGAUAGCAAAUCAUCAUCCAUAUUGGUAACUUUCUCCAGGCAAAAGCACAGUGUCCCCGAGAUAGCCCAGCUUUCCAUCAACAAAGUUGGUUGGGGAUUCAAGUUCCAAACUUUACUGUUAAGCAAUAACCCAGAAUUAUUUGGGGUCAGGCUUGCUGUUCUGCAUUUCCUAUCCCAAAAUCUCAUUUCCAAUCUCAGUAUUUCCAGUCUCAAUUUACAGAAAAUGCUGAGUUAUCCUGUUUGUCUGAGUGAAGUAAAUCAAACAGCCUACCAAGAUUUUCAUUGUAUCCCCACUCCUCUGUAUCUGAAAUGCCAGGGUGUCCACCUGCUUUUGUUCUGAGAGGGCACUUGUCAUUAUAUCCUUUUGAAGGGCGCAUUCACUGGCCACCUCUCCCUACACUGUCCCUGUCCUGCUCUUCCUCAGCUGUGGUGAUUCACCAAAACAGCUGCUAAGAAAGAACUUGGGAGGAUAGAAAGAUUAUUUUAUAGUUGCCAGGGAUGGCAAUCUGACUCCAUCCUUUAAGCACUUAGCUUUCUUUGACUGCAAUGAGAAGUACUAAUGGUUUCCCAAGGGAUUUGCUUACGUUUUAAAGGUAACAGCAUUUUCAACAUUAGAAUUAGAACCUUUGUGUUUUUGUUUUUGUUUUUGCCAUAGACUGUUCUGGUCCCAAAUAUCUGCCACCAUUUUAGAUCAAAGUAGACACUGAAUAUUUUAAUGUGCCUAUUUGGGAUGGAUGUCAGAGGGAAUUUGGGAAACAUUCUGUUUGUGGUCAGUGAGGGAGGCUCAGGACGGGUGGCCUGAGUGCUUGGAGAUUUAGGACAAUCUGACUGCAAAGUUGUUAAAGCCCACCAUCUAGCUGAAGUUCAGUUGAACUAUUUUAUGGUACACAGUCAAUUUUUCUUUGUUAUUUUUAGCUUAACCCUAAAAUUGAUAAUAACAAGGGAAAUAUAUUUUAAAAUCCCUGAUCAUUGUUAUUGUCUAAAUGGUACUGUUUUGUUGAGAUGAAAAAAGAAGUUAUUAGAUUAGUAAAUUAGAGUACAUUUACCUUGCAGAUAUCUUAGUAGAUGGCGCUGAGUGCAGGGGUGCAUGACUUUUCCUCUAUUUGAGGUUGCAAAGAAUCUUCUAAAUUUUACUUUGUAGAAUUAAUUUCUGACUUUAAAUAAGUAGUCUAUUUCCAACCCCUUUCUUCCAUUUUUCCUCCUGCUUUGGCUUGUAGAUUUUUUUAAAAAAAACAGACAUUCUAAGCAAAAUAGUUAUACUUUGAUUAAUAAUCAUGUCUAAAAUCAGAGUACCUUGUGCCCUUCCCUUGUCCUCCUGGAAUUCUCUCUCCCUGACUCUUCCAGCUGUAGGGGUCCACAGAUAUCACCCACAGUGUUUCCUGUGGCUCACCAGCUGCUCCUUCAGUCUAGGGACAGGGAAGAUUGAAUCUAGUUGUUGGGGAAGUUGAUUUGAGAAUUCCGUGUGGGAAGCUUCCCUGAACAGUGCUACCAAAGCGCUGGAAUUGUUACCAAGGCUGUCCAGAUGCCUGAGCCUGAGUUCAUAUUGCCAAUAGCCACCAUGGUGCCAAAUCUGGGGAUGGUUUUAGGUAUAAAUCUGGGAUGAACAGCCAUGUGUGCUUAUGAGCCCCCCAGCAAGAUGCCAAGCCCAGGUCCUCGCAUAUGCACUGUUUGCUGAUUCAGUGGCAAUUUGUAAUCUUAAAAUGCAAGGGGUUAGGAGGGUGGGAGGGAGUAGGCAGGGAACUGUUUUUAAUUUAUUGUAUUUGUAGUUUUCUAAUCAAAGGAAUAAACAGUACUUACAUAGAAAAAUCCAAAACUACUUCCCAAGACCUGAAUUUAUUUUAUGUGGCCAUCUUUACCAAGGCACUACAUGCUGAAGUCACUGUCAUAAUACAAAAUGGCUGUACACUUAUGUGCAUAUUACUGUAACCAGUUGCUACAUUAUAUCCUUGCUGUGGACUGAAGGUAUUGGUUUCUUGAAUCUUGAAUAUGUAAUAAGAGUAUUACAAAAAAUGUUAUAAAAUACUAUAAAGUAUGAAGGUGCAUACACAAGCUCGCUAAUUUUUACAAGUCCUUAUUUCAUACAAUUGUUGUGAUUUCAACCCACAUAUAUUUUAACCAAACAGAAUUACAUGAGAAUGAUGGCAUCAUCAUAACCAUAUUAGCUGAAGUGAUUCUAGGAAAUUAAUUACUCUGUUGAAUUAGAUUGGAGGAGAUCUGUCAACACAUAAGGAAUUCACAAACAGAAUAAUCACUUUUUUCUUUUGCCAGAUAUAUUGUGAUAUUCUUGAUUUUUCCCCCUAAAUUGUUGCAAGCUAUAACUUUCUUGCAGCAGUAUCAAUGCAUGUUAUUAUACAUUUGAAAGUAUACUCUGUAUAAUGUUUUAUUUUCAAUUAUUUCAGAAUAUUUUUCUCAUAUGACCCAUUGUUAGACCUAUCUUCUUUUAAUAUUUUCCCCAAAUUGCAUGUCACACCAGCAUUCUUGAUCCAGUGCUGCAGAAAUAACAUGACUGUUAGAUAACAUGCCUAUUUAAUUACAUUUGGAUCAAAUUGUUGAUAUCUAGGCUUUUGAGCUAAUUAGCUGAACACUGCAGGAGUAAUACAAUCUAAUGAUCCCCAAAGUGUGUUCCACAGAACAAAGUUCCAAAGAUGCUCUUUCCAAUAAACAUAUGCUACCUUGGAAGGGCCAAGAAACAUAUGCUACCUUGGAAAGUUAAUGCAUAUAAGCACAUGGAAGGCUCUCCAUUUAAAUGUCCUGAUUGGGGUUUGGGAAAGGGAUACACACAACAUAUGUAAUUUCAAUGAUUUCAGUAUUUUCCAGAUUAAUUUGAACACAGAAAUUUUUUUGAGUAACACCUAGUAACAUUCCAAGGAGCUCAGUGUUCCAUGGAACUCAGAGAUAUUCUGGCAGAAGGAAAUAUUGCUGUAUUCUCAGUCUCUAUCACUAUCACUCUUAUAGUACUAGUGCAAUUUGUAAUUUAGAAAUAGUAACCCUUUCAAGUAAGAAACUGAUUUGUUAGGAUGAAAAAGUGUUAUGAAAUAGUACUAUUUAAUAUGCACACCAGCAGCUUCACAUUGGUGGCAAAAGUCCACCAAAUCUAUUUAAAGCUCUACCAUAAUCUCCUGUCUUUCAUGUAAAUAAAAAACAAGAACCUUGCCACAGCUAGGCAUUUCUCAGAUUCAUUCAAGAGCUUUUACUUGCUUUCUUGAAAUUAGCUUUCCUUUCAAAUUGAAUCAAAAUAAAUAGAAAAAAAAAGUAAAAGAAAGUUGUAUUUAGCCUUAAUUCAUUUUUUUUAAUUUUACCUAGAUAUUUUAAAGAUUAAUUAUCUUGUAGCAUAAUAGAAAUGUAAACUGUGAAUACCUAUUUACUCUCUUUCCUCUGUCAUUCUUUCCAGAUUCAAUGUAAUAAUUUGAAAUCAGUCAAAGCUCAAAAAUCCUGUUCCAUGCUGCCCCAAUUUCAUUUGUGUGUAAAAUUAAGUUUGGCAAGUUAUCUCUUACCUAAAAUGUAAGCUUCAUUACAACUCCAUACUCAUAACUCAGCAUGGGCAAUGUGUUUGGGAAGUUCUGAAAGAGAAGCCCAAGAUAACAAAUCUAGAUGAAAACAUGGUACAAAGUGAAUUUAGAGUAAGUUAUUAAAGUUAACUUACUUAAAGUUACAUCUAAUAGUUAGAAAUAUAUCCACCCUUAGCUGUUCUCUAAAAUAGUGAAAAACUACAAGUAAAAUCACUGAGGCUAUGUGGCAGAUUUCAAAGAGCAAGUGACAUACUAGGAGUGGAUACUAGGAGACUUCCACUAGAUAUGUGUAUCUAAACAUGUUUUCUAACAUGUAAUUUACUUUUGCUAAUUCAUAAUAAUGAUGCUUUGUUCACUAUUUUUAUUUUUACCCACUGUUAGUAUGAAAAUUGUUAACCAAGGGUUGAUUAUAGUUUUUGUUUAUGUAGUAAUAACCGCACCAUCAUUUCUACAAUCAUUUUAAUAAAUCCAACUUAAGGAAUUUGAAGAGAGCAUCUGGUAACUGUUCAUUUUAACAGUUAUCAUAAGCAUUUCCACAAUUCAAAACUCCACCAAAGAGCAAGCAACAAAGUUGUAGAUUGUAUUUAGGAAGGUUAGUCCAAGUAUUCUAGAAAUCCUAUAAAUUGGCAUUAUUUAACUAUAAAUUCCCUCUGACAUUUACCAAAUUCAAAUUAAUCUCAAGACUGCCAAGGACCAGUGUCCCCUGACUGAGCAUGCACAGAUUACUGUGAAGACUUUCAUGGCAGAUUAUGGUGGGUAAGGGUUUUAAAGACAGGACAAUCUACCUAGGUCAUUUGCUGGCCCUCUCUUUAAGAAAGGGACAAUGUAUCAACCACCACCACACUUUCUCAUCCCCUUUUGUCAGGAGGCAAUUCAGAAAUUAAAUGUAAUGUCAUGUAUUCUCUCAACAUAUUUCUAUGGUAAUAUGCGUUCAUGUAAAGCAAAGGUAGAAGUAAAAGUCAAGGAACUGGGGGUUGGAGGAAUCCUUAGGAUACCCAUAUAUUAAAUAUGUAAAAAGUAGGUUAUCAAAAAUGUGGAAUAUCAGGCUUUUACUUAAUGAUGAUUUCUGUCGUGUGCAUGUAGGUCAGUAGAAGGCAGCUGUUUCUACUUUUCAGCUAUUCAGAUGCAAGGCUUCCCAUGUAGAGCUAAUGCUUUCCUUAUGAAUUAAUAAAAACAGAAUUUUAAAGCUUCUUUGUCAUAAGACUGAUGGCACGGGCACAAUCACAUUUAAGAAAAAUUGUUUGGAACAUUUUUAAUUAAACAAUAGUAAAUUUCCAAUGUAUCAAAGUCAUAAUGUAAAGAAAAACAUUUUUUAAAAAAAUACAAGACAAAAUCAAAGAAUAAUAAUAUAAAGGGAAUAUUUUAAGAAAAGGAGGUAUUAUAAUUAAUUACAUCAUGAAUCAUGCUAACUGAUAUCUGUGCUCUUUCUGAAGUUACAGAAAUAACACUGAAGUAGGAAAAUGAACAUUCUAAAUCAUCUGUAAUGUUAGAAAAAUUACAGUCCCCAUUCCAUUAUUUUCAAUGAAAAUGGGGACAUGUCAUAUAUUUCUGUCCUAAGCCACCUUUACUGUUCUAGGUUCUUUUCACAUUCCAAAUCCUAAACAUGGUUUUACUCUGACCCUUAGAAGUUUUUCAUUGUCAAGGAGGGAAAUGCCCUUUUCAGAAUGUAGAAAAAUAAUAAAAUAGACUAAAUGACAGAAUGUCCAUUUUAGAAUGCCCAAAUAAAUCUGAAAACAUUUGGUAAUUUUCCAAAUGCCAACAUGAAUACCAGCAAGUAUUCAAAUUAAAACUGACAAUUUCACAGAAACAAUCAGCAGGAUGAUUUAUGAGUUCCUAGAGUCUCCUAAUCCAUAUAACACUGAGGCAUGUUUGCUCAGUUAAUUUAAACAUUUCUAUAGAAAUGAUGUUUUAGACAUCUGUAACCCAAGAGAAUGAUGUCUUGUGCAAAGUUUAAAUUUCCACCAUCUUAGUAUGAAAAUUGCUAUGUGUGUGUGUGUGAGGGGGGACUAGAACCAUGGGGUAGUAAGCAAGAAUACUCCCAUUCUCUAGUCUCUUAAGACUACAUUGAACAGUCUUUAUGCGUUUUUCAUCUUGGUUAUCCUAUCUCAGGUAUAUAUGUUCAGAAAAUGAAAUAAUAAAAUACAAAAAUGGAAAAAGCCUACAACUAUUCUAGAAAAGUGUCCUUUUAUCUGAAAUAUUUUCACACUGAAGCAUAAAAAUCUACAACAUUAUCUUUAGUUUACUCUUCAACUACCAAAGCAAUGGUUUUGAUUUACAGUAUUGUGUUGCAAUUUCAAUUUGGGAAAAUCUAUUUUCAAUAUCUCAACAUUACCAUGGUCUGUCAAAAAAAAAAAGAAAAACAUAAACAAAAGAAAUUUGAAUGAGUUCAGAAGACUGAUUAUUCUUGAUAGGUUUGGAAAAUAGUAAUGAAACAGUUAAUUCUAAAUUACUCUAAUGUGAGCUACAUUCACAUACAUAAUUCCUAUAUGCCAAAUGUGCAAAGUGCUUAUAUAAAUAUAUAUAUAUUUAGACAUACACAUAUAUAUAAACACAUUUAUAACAGCUUGAUAUACUUUAUGAACAUAUUUAACUGGGAAAGUCACUAUUUUGCUCUAAGUAAAUCUUCCUAUAUAUUUUAGUCUUCCCUUUAUUAUUUUAUUUUUCCUGAGCAUCUACCAUGUGCCAAAGAGAGAUAGUCAAGUGUUUCUAGUGGUGACCAUGCCUGCCUUCUUGACACUUACAGUCCAGUGGUUACUUCAUAGAUAAAAAGCUCAAUGUUGUUUAAAUGGGGAAUAAAUGAUAUCUUUCAUGAUUUCUUCCAAUGGACUUAGAUUUGUGAGGACAAGGCAAAAUUAGAGUAAUUCUAUUAUAUGUACAUAAUAGUGAAUGUGCAAUGAUGGAGAAUAGCUUACCCAAACCCAAGCAAAUUGUAUCUGACAAUUACUCCAUGUUAGACCACCUAGUUUCCCAAGGAUCUAAAGGGGAGGUAAAACAGGGAAUUUAGGGAGACUGAGGCAGUCAUAGGGCUAUCUCACUGGGAGUGCUAUCUCACUAGAUCAUUGGAAGUCUUCACUCAAGUGGGUCAGAAGCUAUGCAAGGGCUCAGCAGUAAUACAGUCAAGACCCGGGCAUUUCCAUUUGGGAUCAUUCUAGAGGAAGGAGAGAAUUACAUAAAAAGGAGAACAGAGAACAAUAAGAUUAUUUCUCCAUUGUUAUUUUUAUUUUAUUCCCAAGAGGCUAUAAUGUAACAAACUCAUGCCCCAAUAGAGAGCCCAGAACUGAGAGUGUUCAUCAUCAGUACAUAUUCAGUGUAGAGAAAUUGACAUAUUCCAGAGAUAAAUUCAUUUCUUGAUUUUUAACAUGAACAGAAGACUGCCAGAUUUUUAAAAUCAUAUAUUUGGUAUCCAUUGUUAUGUAAGAAAUUCCAGAUUCUAGGCAUGGAAUUUCAGUUUUAUAUUUUGAACAACAGUGGCAACAUCUAUUUACUGUGUGGCAAAACAAAACUAAACACAAGACUACUAUUUUUACCCACAGAAGUCAUCACUUUAAUUCUUCGCCUCAUUAUCUUCUCUAGACAUCUCUGUUUAUGCCAGUUUUUUUUAUAUCAAGCUAUUACCAAAUUACACCACAAUUCUGUUGAAUUAAAAUAACAGUGAAUGGGAAGUAACUGGGAAUAUAUUGUUGUGAUCAGAAGUGAGUUUUUCAUCUUUAAUCAUAAGAAAAUACAAAUUUAAAUUAAACCAAUUUCUUUUUUGGUUAGAUUAAAAGUAUAGGUAGAGCCCAGUUGAGAGAGAAAAAGACAAACUCACAACUCAGUAGCAUUUUUCAUGAAUGAUGUAUCUCAAAAGUUUUGAUCUUUUCCCUGCUGAAUUUUAAAAGUGACCUGUAUUAAGUUUUUACUUAUACCAACUUCAACAUCAUGAAAAGUUUCCCAUCUACACUUCCUUGCAUUUCUAAAAAUCCUCUAAGUCUGUUUGUUUAUCAAAAAAGAUACCAAGGUCUAUAACUUAUUAGACAAUGCUUUCUUUGGGAAUCUUGAAAUUGUAUUGAAUAACAAAAUAACAGGUCAAAAUAAGUGUUCAAAUCAGUAAGUUUUUCUGUCAGUCCCUGAAAACUUCAUAAUAAAUACAACAAAACCUUUCAAAGCUUCAUUAGUCUGGUUACUCUUUAGAGGUUUUUAUACCUACCAUUCUGUAUUUGUCUCUGAGACAUUUGAAACACAGUUACAAUGUCCCUUUGGUGUAGAGCUUAGAGUAUGUGUAGUCAAUCAGAGUAAUAUGUACAAUGUGGCUUUCUAGUCUCUUUGUGUGCUGUCGUAUAUUUAGCCUUGAAGAGACUAAUGUGUUCACACAAUCACUGUUGUAUAUAAAAUGAACAACUAAACAUUACCCUUGAUAACAAGAUUAAAACAAAAUGAGACAUAUUAAUGAGACACAAAAUGAGAAACAGACUUUGCACACAGCUGCCACUUUUUCCAUUGUAAUGAUUUGGAAUUUUAUAAUUCUCAAUGAUUUUGGAAAUUGAGUUAGCAUUGCUGUUGAGUUGGGAAUUAAAAGCAGAGAAUUUAAGGGGGGAGGACAAGACCAUAGCAUUAACAGAAGCAAGAUUUAGGUGAUGUCAAGACUUCAGGAAUUUUCAUUAGAAAGGAAACAAGCCUGGUUCUAUUUCAAAACAAGGUGACUUUUUACAAUGUAAAAAUAUAUGCAGCAAAAAC